AUGGCAGCCCCAACACGUCCUCCAGCAAACGCUUUCGUUGCCAAGGUCCGCAAGGUUUACAAUCCCAUCGGCUUCUCCAAAGGCUACAACUUCGUCCUAUGGUUCAUUUUUGCUGGUGCCAUGCUCGGCUUCUCUCUCGCACGCAUGAUGUUCCUCGACUACACAGGCGUCUACUGCAAUCCUAGCAAUCAAGGUGGUGGAGCAGGUCCUGGCGAAUGUUUCUCCUACAAGAGUAAAGCUGCUUACCAAAUCGGAAUCAAGCUUCAUCUCUACACUAUCAUCCCUGCCAGUCUACUCGUUGUCUUUCAGUUCGUGCCAUUUAUUAGGUACAAGGCUCUCAUUGUGCACCGCAUGAACGGGUACAUUGUUAUGAUCCUUGCUGUCAUCGGGAUUGCGGGGGCCAUCACGAUUGCGCCUGUUGCCUUUGGUGGCUCGCUCGUGAUCAGAGGCUGGGUCGGAACUGUGGCGAUAAUGUUUGUUGGAUCCUUGGCCCUGGCGAUGUGGAACAUCAAGACGUUGCAACUCGAACAACAUCGAGCUUGGAUGCUUCGAGCCUGGUUUUACGCUGGUUCAAUCAUCACUAUCCGCCUGAUCAUGAUCCUUUCCGCAUUGAUCAUGUCCAAGAAUCCAAGCUUCCGACAGCCUAUGCAGUGCGACAAAGUUGCUACUUUCUAUGACGAUACAGAGUCUUUGGUAGCCAAAUACCCCACGUGUCAAGACUUAGAUGCCUGGGUAGCGGUACAGGGCGACAUGGGUGGUGAAAGUGCCGAAAACAUCUCUGCGGCCCUUUCGCUGGGCUUCUCGCUCGCCGUCUGGAUGGCACUGGCUAUUCACGUUAUUGGAGUUGAAGUAUAUCUUCAGUUGACACCCGCAGAAACGGAGCGUCUGCGUAAGGUCUCCUACCAGCGCCAACUUGAGAGAGGAUUUAAGAACCCUGGAAGUAGUGGUCUUACAGCUGACCGGCUCGGCGAUGCUGAGAAGUGGUCUCCAGGAAUCGAUGCCGUUGCUUGCCCACCAGCGAAGCGACUCAACAGCGACUCCUCGAUACCUACUGUUUGA